AUGUCGACGAUCUCAAAUAUUAAAUCCCAAUCAGUGACUAAUCAGAAGAGCGGCGAUAACAAUGAUCAGAUAUCGCUAUUGAAACAAACGCCAGAAAAUAUUCGUUUCUCUACAUAUAAAAAUGUACUCGUCCUGUCUCUGGGUUUCCUUGUACAGUUCACUGCCUUCUCUGGUAUGAAAAAUCUUCAAAGUUCGAUCAACACAAUCGAUGAUAUUGGCGUGAACUCACUGACCAUCAUUCAUGGUUGCUUUUCCUUCUCUGCUGCAUGCCUGGCGCAUUCUUUCAUUGGUUUAUUCGGCCUCAAAUACACUCUGCUCGUUUGUCAAAUUCCAUUUUUACUCUUCGUUCUGGCCAACUACAAUGUGGCGACUUAUGUAAUGAUUGCAACUGCUGUAAUUGUUGGUCUGGCUGCCGGCCCUCUAUGGACCUCAGCAUACAGCUAUGUAACAGACCUAGCAUGUAUCUAUGCUCAAGCAGCAUUUGUCAAUAAAGAUGCCACUGUGAGUCAGUUUAUGGCUCAAAUAUGGGGCAAUCUUGUUGCAUUUCGGAUUCUUACCCCGGAGCGAAAUAUCAAUACUAAUUUAACAACGUUUAAUAGUUCUCUACAGUACGAUAAAUGUGGUGCUCAUUUCAGCGAACAAGAAUAUAACGAAUGGGUGACGGGCCCACCAGUUGACGAAACAACAGUUAGUCUUUUUCAAGAGCUUGCUCGAUCAUCUCUAUGA